UGAGAAAGCUCUCUACCCAAUAAGUAAGCCCGAGGAGGCUUGUUUGCUUGGUGAUGCCGGCAGAUAAGCCUGGCAAACCUCGGUGUGAUUGAAGAAGCCAGUUUGAGACUCAGCCUAGCCCAGCAAAGCUACAGGACCCUGGCUGCGCUCACGAACCUUGAAACAAUGGUGUUCACAUUUUGGAAGGUCUUUCUGAUCCUAAACUGCCUUGCAGGUCGAGUUAGUGGAGUGCAAGUGACCAUCCCAGACAAUUUCGUGAAUGUGACUGUUGGAUCUGAUGUCACUCUCGUCUGCACCUACACCACCACUGUGGCCUCCCUGGACAAGCUUUCAAUCCAGUGGACAUUCUUCCAUAAGAAGGAGUUACAGCCAGUUUCUAUUUACUAUUCUGAAGGUGGACAAGCUGCAGCCAUUGGGCAAUUUAAAGGUCGAAUUGUAGGCUCCAGUGCUCCAGGUAACGCAUCUAUCACUAUUUCGCAUAUGCAGCCAGCAGAUAGCGGCAUCUACGUCUGUGAUGUUAACAACCCCCCUGACUUUUUCGGCAAAAACCAGGGCAUCCUCAACGUCAGCGUGUUAGUCAAACCUUCUAAGCCCUUUUGCAGCGUUCAAGGAGUACCAGAAACUGGCCAUCCUGUCUCUCUUUCUUGCCUCUCGGUGCUUGGAACACCUUCCCCUGUGUACUACUGGUAUAAAGUUGAAGGAAGCGACAUCGUCCCAGUGAAAGAAAGCUUCAACCCAGCCACCGGGAUUUUGUUUAUUGGAAAUCUGACUAAUUUUGAACAAGGUUAUUACCAGUGCACUGCUAUCAACAUCCUUGGCAAUAGUUCCUGUGAAAUUGAUCUGACUUCUUCACAUCCAGAAGUUGGGAUCGUUGUUGGGGCCUUGGUGGGUGCCUUAGUGGGUGCUGCCAUUAUCAUCUUGGUUGUGUGCUUCGCAAGGACCAAGGCAAAGGCAAAGGGGAAGGAGAGGAAGAGAAAUUCUAAAACCACCACAGAACUUGAACCAAUGACGAAGGUAAGCCAAAGUGCAGAGUGCGAGGCAAUGCCAAGUGAAGAUGUCAUCCAACUAGAAGCAACUCUGCAGCCUUCCCUCCAUGAGAACGAGCCUGCUGCCACACUGGGGCCAGAUCAUGAGCCGAUCACCGAGCCUGACCCUGCCCUGAAGCCUACCUCGGAACCUGCCUCAGGGCCUGAGCUUGUCCUGGUGCCUGAGCUUGAGAUCCAGCUGGAGCUGGAGCCGCAGCCGCAACUGGAGCCUGAGCCUGAACCGGAGCCUGAGCCUGAACCGGAGCCUGAGCCCGAGCCCGAGCCCGAGCCCACAACUGUAGUUGAGCCCUUGUGUGAUGAGGAGAACAGGGUAACUAAGACAUAGGCUCGCAGCCUCAGUAGGAACCCAUUACUGGCAUCUGGAAUUCAGUUGACCUAACCAAUCUCUUACCCCCUCUCUUGACUCUGACCAACCAUCUUCUAACAAGGUGCUCCUCCCAUCAAUCCAAAAUAAACAGGUCAAGAUAACUACUAAAUAAAGGCAAGGGUUCCUGCAUUACCAGAAUAGAAUACUUAGUUUGAUUAACAUGUAAGCAUAACUAAGGGCAAGUGAUUUUUUAACUCAGUUGAAAGUGCUGUGCAACAACACCUGCGUCUCAUUUCAGAAAAUCUCUAUUUUUAGCUACUCUUGGACAUUCCACAUGCAUACAUGACAAGGUGGCAUUAAUUGGAUUCAAUAUUAUUUCUAGGAUUUGUUGUUGUCAGAGCUUCCCUAUUCAUUUUCCCAUUGACCACUAAGAAAAGAAUUCAACCAGCAUUAUCUCAUAGAUGGGAAAAAAAUUCCUCAGAAAUUCCAGAGGAAAAUAAAGGGUACAUAUUAAUUGGUACAUAGCAUUUAAAACUAUGUCUUAAAAUUGAUGCUUCAUUUAUCAUAUUAGAUUUCCCAAGGAAACCACCCUGCUAUCCAGUAUCUGAACACGGCAAAUUUCUAAAAUAACCCAAUUUUUAAAUGUGAAAUAAUGUACAGGCAAACAAUUCCAAAUACAAUUUUCCUUCAGUAACUACAAAAUGUUGAUAUCAUAGGGGAUGUACAAUUUAGUUUUGAAUGAGCUAUUAUGUUGUCACACUGUCUGAUGCAAUCUACUUUGGAAGGGCCAGAUUAGGAAACUGUUCUAAAUGAACACUUAAGAUCUGUUUUAGAUAAUCUGAGGUAAUUAAUCUGUUUGACUGUUGGGAUAAUCCACAUUAAGAGAGAUCAUUCUUGUAUAAAUGCUUAUUAUGAAUUAAAAUGCAUUGAUACCACCUCUUCUUCACCUGUUAAAAAACUUUUCUAGUGAUCAUAUUUCAUCUACAUCCCAUUUUGAAGCAAUUUAUAGGUAGACUUUUUCAUUUGUGUAAUCAAUCAGAUUUUAAAUCUUAUUUUAAGGUUCAAUAAGUAAUGCUCAAUAAAAAUCGUAAUGAUCCUAAGGUAAAUC